CAAAGAUAUUAAACCAGAAAUAGAAAACAAUAUAAUAGAUGAAAUAACAAAUAGGUUAGAAUUUAGUUAUAGUGAAGAAAUAAAUAUUGAAAAUAAUGAAAUGAAUUAUGAAAUAGAUAAAGGUAUUGAA